AGAAAAAAAUUUAUUUGGCAGUACACAAUACAAAGUCUUAAUCGACGGAACACAGGAGAACAUCAAUCCGCGACCAGCAUGGCGGGAAACGUGAAAAUAUUGGUGGUGGGCGACGUGGAGGGACGGUUCGCCACGGUCUUCUCCAAGAUUAACGCGCUGCACAAGAAGAACGGACCGUUUGAGGCGGUCUUCUGCGUGGGCAACUUCUUCGGCGACGACAACAGUGAAUGGAGCCAGGUGCAGCAGUGUAGUUUGCAAAUCAACGUUGCCACCUAUAUUCUCGGUCCGAUUUUCGCUGAGCACGUGCGCUUCUACGCGCAGCAGGAGGCGGGCGAUUUGGCGCCCAACCUGACGUAUCUCGGACAGCGCGGAAUCUUCACCUUCGGUUGCGGCCUGAAGGUGGCCUACCUCAGCGGGAAGGAAGCCGCCGAUCCCAGCAGCAGCGACGCCAGUGCCAUUUCCUUCAACCAGCAGAGUGUCGAAGAGGUAGCCACCCUGGCCGGCGGCAACACCUGUCCCGGCGUCGAUCUCCUCCUCACCUCGCAAUGGCCCGCCGGUGUCGAAAAACUGGCGGGGCAAACGAGCGUCGACUCGGCACAAAUUGGAUCGGGCUUAAUUGCCCAGCUGGCACAGGCCAUCAAGCCGCGCUACCAUUUCGCCGGACUGACCGGGGUCUUCUAUGAACGCCUGCCUUAUCGCAACCACCAAGUGCUCGCCGAGUCCGCCGUUCAUGUUACGCGCUUCGUCGGGCUGGCCAGUGCCGCAGCGCCUGCAAAUCAGCGGUUUCUGUACGCCUUCAACGUUAUUCCAAUGGCGAAGAUCUCCAUGGCCGAGUUGCGGCGGCAACCGGAACAGAGCACUCCCUGUCCGUACGAGCGGAAGGUGUUGGCCACUAAGAAGGAGAAAAUGGAAGACGUGGUCAGUCGGCAGUACUUCUACGACGUGCUUUCUGGUCCGGCUCAUGGAGGCAAGAGGAAGCAUGACGCCGGCGACCGGUUUGGGGGAGGCAAGCGCGAGCGCCGCCAACACGAUCAACAGGAAGAGGAGUCUUCAUGUUGGUUUUGUCUCAGUUCGCCACAGGUGGAGAAACAUCUGGUUGUCAGUGUCGGUCUACACACGUAUGUGGCUUUGGCAAAAGGCGGGCUCAACGCCGAGCACGUUCUCAUUUUGCCCAUCACCCACCUCCGCUCCACGCCGGAGCUGGAUGACGACGCGGUGGACGAGUUGGAGCGCUACAAAAAGGCCCUCGUGCGCUUCUUUGCGCAGCAGAACAAGUCCACCGUCUUCUUCGAGCGCAACUAUAAGUCGAAGCACAUGCAGCUGCAAGUGGUAGCCGUGCCCAGGCGGGAGCCCGAGAAGAUCAAGGAGCUCUUCCUGCAGCGGGCCGAAGAGAACCAGCUGAAGCUGACGGAGAUUCCCUCCCGCUCCGACCUCAGACAGAUCAUGAAGCCGGGCCAGACGUUCUUCUUCGCUGAGUUUGACGAUGGCAGCAAGCUGCUGUACAAGAUUGAUAAGAAGGGCUUUCCCUUGCAGUUUGGCCGGGAUGUGUUAGCCGGUCGGGCGAUAUUAAACGUCCCGGAGCGGCUGGAGUGGCGCGAGUGCCAGAUCAGCAGGACGGAAGAAGAAGCCAACGCUGCUGCUUUCAAGUCGGCUUUCCGGCCCUACGAUUUUAAUUUCGAAUAGCCCAGCCGGGAAGAAGCACAGUGGAUCAUCGAUCUCUGUAAGAGUGGGAUCCCACCGAUGCCUUCGUCUUGCGGCGGCUGAGACCAGAUUCUCUUAAUUAACUGGCCUCCGAUUGCUGCUCAAACGUCAGUCGAAUCCAAGAAGACCAGAAGCAGCAGUACUUGUUGGUUACGGUGAUCUUGAUUUUCUUUCCGACCGCUAUAACCAGUUAAGAUGAAUUUUUAAAAAAAGAAAGUCUCUUAACGCCGGGACGCUUUAAAACUAUGGGCAGUUAUUGCUUCGGUUUUGUAUUACCUCAAAUCUGUAUCAGUGUGACUCAUUUCUGUUCAUAGUUGUAACACUGCAAAGCACCGGCUGCUUUUCAUUAUUGCCGUUCUUCUGUCCGGAUUCAUUUGUACAUAAACAGUGAUGAUAAGCUGAUAA